UCGCCUCAGUUCGACGCGCUUCAUCAAAACAAUGUGUUUUUUUGUUUGUUUGUUUCAAGUGUACGUUACGCGUCAUUUCCGCCGUGGCGUCAUGACGUUUUUCCGGCCGAGCGUCAGGCGGUGGAUGGAGGAAUAACAUUGAGCAAAAUACAGCCGUGACUGUGAGCGUGUGUGGAGCGAUGGCCACACCGUUUGUUCCGGUACCCGUGCCCAUUGACCGAGCUCCGCGGCCGCAGAGAGCCGCGUCUGUGGGCGGCGACUCCUCGGGACGGAGAGCAGCAGCGGCCGCGGCUCUGGACAGAUGCUUCACUCCGCCGUGCCCGAGUCCCGUCAUCCGCGCCAGGCUCAACGGGACCGAGCGCUCGGUGGAAUAUUCCAGCUCCCCGCAUCCGGACAGCCCGCCAGAGACUCCGGGACAGAGCUGGGAGGAGCGGCCCAUCACGCCCACUGUCCUGGGGUACGAGGUGAUGGAGGAGAGGGCCAAAUUUACAGUCUAUAAAGUUCUGGUGAGGAAGACUCUGGACGAGAGCUGGGUCGUGUUCAGACGCUAUACUGACUUCUCAAGACUCAACGACAAGCUGAAGGAGAUGUUUCCUGGGUUCAGACUGUCUCUUCCUCCGAAGCGCUGGUUCAAAGACAACUAUGAGACGGAGUUCCUGGAAGACAGACAGCUGGGUCUGCAGGCCUUCCUCCAGAACCUCGUGGCCCAUAAAGACAUCGCCAACUGCGUGGCGGUUCGCGAGUUCCUGUGUCUGGAUGAUCCUCCUGGUCCGUUUGACAGUCUUGAGGAGAGCCGGGCGUUCUGUGAGACUCUAGAGGAGAGUAACUACAGGCUUCAGAGGGAACUUCUUGAAAAACAGCGAGAGAUAAACUGCUUAAAGAAAACACUUGAAGAGAAGGAGCGCCACAUUCAAAUGCUGGAAAGACGAAUCAACGGGGACGUUCUCACUCCAGACAGUCCGUGCUGCGCGUCCGGUGCGGGGAGCGACUGCAGUGUGGACGUCGAGUCUUCUGCUGCUGAGGCCGAUCAGGAGCUGCCUGAUGAAAGCGAGUGUGCGGUUCGGUCGUCUCAGAGCUCCGUGUGUUGGUGCGGUCCGGCCGUCAGUGGCACGUCUCCUCCUGUCAUUCAGGUCACUCAUCUGGAACACUGAGCGCCUCUUCCUCUUGUUUUUUUUGGUUCCUGUGUGCGUGUUCCUGCGUGCGGCCGUGAUGGAGGAGGCACCGUGUGAUCUGUUCGCUCGGCUCGUGUUUAACGGCAGCCAAAGAGAGAGACGUUUAGGCCAAAGGCCCCGACACAAACACGCCCCACAACGUCAGGAAGCGGAAUCACGCAGACAAUCAACUUUUGUUUUGGGGUAUAAAUGAGUGAGACUGACACACGUGACUGGUGUUCGUCUCUGCUGGGCUUUUCCACGUGUCGUCAGUUCAGAUGGUGACGUCACUCCUCAGAUUUCCUGCACUCGUACAUUUGGAUUUUAGGCGUCUCACUCGUGGUCGUAAUCGCACGGCGAAACACAGUUAGGGUGAGUUUUUAGUUACGUUUUCUGCGUCACCCAAAGCCAUAUUUAGUGCUGAUCACAGCCGAGGCCUAACGCUCCUGUCUGCGCUCGGUCUGCAGCAGGACACGUCGUGCACUUUACGGUGCUGAGGGAUUAUGGGAUGGAUGCUUCUACACUACUUGAUGAAAUCAUGUCGAACACCACGUUAAAGCUUCGAUUGAAGCCGUGUGCCUUCCUGCAGAGUUUCACUGAUGACACGUGCCUUGCUUCUUUUCCCUCAGCAGAGUUUUCCGUAUUUAAAUGACGUACAUAUUCAAAUUUGCUUUCCGUUGGCUUUACCUGGGUUAGGGUUGUUUCUUAGAUGUUUCAGAAUGUCUCUUCAUGUUUUUGUGCUUGUUUUAUUGAUCAAGUUUGUACUCAGCCAAAGGAAUUGAGAUGAUAUACAAGAAGUAGAUGAAGUGAAGCGCUGCUCUUGCCAUCGACUGUGAUUUAAACUCCAUUGAACUCUGUUUUCUUCACGUUUACAGCAAUAUCACGAACGUUUGUAUGUCACAUUUUGUCUCGGUUGCUUCUGAUUGUCGUUUCCAGUUCAUGUUUCUUGAGGUAAUGGUUCCAGCAACAGCAACUGUUAUGCAGAUAUAGCAAUGAGGACUGUGGAUGAACUGAGAAAUAUUUUUGGGGGUGGAUUUUACAAUGUUAGGGUCAUUAGAAAUGUAUUUAAUAAAAAAGGCUGCUUUGUGUCAGGAAACUUUGGUUGGAGAUGUGAUGCGAGUCUCUGUGAAUAGUUGAAUACAGUGUGGAGUUAAGCUUGUCACUUUCUUUUAAAGAUCAGAGAUCUAAAACUGAGCUGUGUGAGAAAUCAAAUAAAUAUUUCAUU